CGGUGACGGCAGUCGGUCUCUGGUCGGCCACAAGAAUAGUCGUCCUCGAGGUCUGCCGCGGGAUUUCUUAAAGCUAAAGACAGAGACGCACUAUAUACCUAUAUACCUUAUAUAUAUAUAUAUAUACAUACAUACAUACAUACAUAUAUGUAUAUAUAUGUAGUACGUGCAUAUACAUCUAUGUAUACAUAGAUACGAUAUUACAUACACAUAUAAAUAUAUAUAAAUUUACAUACACACGGGCUACAUAGUAUGUACCAAUGGUACAUGGUUUUAUGGUACGUGUACAUCGGACGACGUGUGGAUUCUCGUAAUUAACGCGUUAAAAUUACCCUUCAGCCGUAUUAAAUAUUGUUGAAAAGAAAAAAACCAUUUACAGAUUAUUAUCAUUAUUAAUCAUCGAAGGGUGACGAUUAAAACAAUCUACACAUCAUCGAUCAACGGUAUUUAAUAUACGAAAAUUUAAAGAGCAACGUAUAAAGAGUAAUUUCUUCGUUAUUGUUGUAUGAUAAUUGAAAUUAAAUCGCAUUCGCUGAUCUAUUUCGAUCGUGUAUAUGAUCUACGAAUAAAACACCUAUCCGAAUAAUAGAAAAAUUAAAUAAAAGAAGCAAACACAGAUCAUCGAAAGAAAAAUCAAUUAUUCAUUGCUCCCUCGUGUGUGCUUAAUUUAUUUCAUUCAAUUUUUCGGUUUCUAAGUUAUUGUUGUAUCGAAAUAGAUUGAUUUUGAAAAAAAAAAAAAUUUUUUCAAAUUUUUCGUCUAUAAUCGUGUAUUCUGGAUGAACAGCGCGAAAAAAACUAAUCAAUUGGCAGGUAUGUUUUAAAACAACAGAAAAGGAAACGUCAAAAAACUUAAAAAGCAAUCGAGUGUGAAGUGGAUGAAAAUAAAAAAUUUUACAAUUAUUGUGCAACGGAAUAAUAUUGAUUAAAUUAUUGAAGUGAAGUUAUACUCGCCUUUACCGUUACUGUUGUUAUAAUCAUUUUUAUUUAUUUUUUUUUCAAUUUUAUAUCUUACGAAAAAGAUCUGAAAGUUCAUAUCCUCAUUUCUAUUGAUUCGGUUUUUCAUUUUAAUUUUACUCUCUUGUAUUUCCCUCGAAAUUCGGAACAGUGAUAAAAGUGUCGGUAAUUUAAAAAUGUUCGCUUCUGAAAUUCGUCAGAUUACUAGUUACUAGAUCGGCGAAAAUACAACAGCCAAAAAGACGUAAUAUACACAUCAAAUCUCUCGCCCGUCCCACAUCGCGACAUUUUUUUCUUCUUUCAAAUUCGAUAAAUUUUACAUGUCCGUCCGCGCCAAUCGUUGAUGAGAAUAAAAAAGAGGAGAAAAAUCAAACAACCGCGAGAACGACACGUAAAUCGAAAUUGAUAGAAAUACAAUAAUACACUCGUAUCCGUCGAAGAGAUAAAAAGAAAAAAAAAAGAAAGAGAAAAAAAAAAACUCUACGCACGUAACAUUAUUCCUGUACAUGUAUCGAGAUGAAGUUGUGUAAUUGCUCCGAUGCAAAUUUACAAACACGUGCUGCAGCAGCAGCAGCAGCAGCGACAACGCCAACCGAAACGAAUAGAGCAGCAUCAUCGUCGGUUGACAUCUCUGGCAACGGAAUUUAAUUUCAAAUAAAGGAUAUACAUACAUAUAUUUGUUAAAUAAAAAGUGUUGUGCAACAAUCGUUUGUAGUGUACGUAUACGUAUAUAACGGUUUUAUAAAUCAUAAUCGCGAGUUGAAGUGUGAAGGAAAAACGAUAAAAAGAAACAAACUAAUAUACGACAGCAGAGGGGGUGCGGUGCGUGUGAAAACAGAAGAAUCCGUCUCGAAAACCUCGGCAAAUCGUUCGUCGAUCGUUUGAGAGAGAGAAAAGAUAGAAAUAGAAAAAAGAGAAAAAAAACUAGAAACACAUCAGACGAAACGGUAGAGAGAGGGGACAAUAAACGAGGGAAGCAAAGGAAGAAUCUCGAAAACGAGAGGUGAAGAAAAAAUAGCAAAGCGUCCGGUGCGUCGAAGAAGCGACAAGUGUGUAAAUUUAAUAAAGUUAGCCGUCAAUAAGUCAGGGUGGUUCGAGGGGGGUCAGGAGGCGCGGACGCCCUGGCGACGGCCGGGGUGGCGUACCCGCCCGCGACGGCGACGUUAUUCCCUGCGCGAGGUCCCCCACAUACGGAAUUCGCCACGUUGGAGCUGGGUUUCUCAUCGCGAGGCACCGCCGCCUCUAUGGCGUUGGUGGCCCCGCCGCCCUCCUGGGCAUCGCGGGACCCAUCGUCGACCCUCGGGGGGGGCCCGCUCCAGGUAGGGCCCCCGCCCAUGCCACCGACGCACCUCACGCCAUCGGCGACACCCGAAGACAUAACGGCCCUCGUGCCCGUCGGAAGUGUUUUGACGCCGAGGGACCCCCUGCCCCCGAGCACCACGCCCGGUAGCCAGGCCAAUUCCUCCCAAUCGGGGAGCUCGCAGACUGAUAAAUCGCCGAACAUCGAGUGCGUCGUUUGCGGGGAUAAAAGCAGCGGGAAACAUUACGGACAAUUUACAUGCGAGGGCUGUAAAAGUUUUUUCAAAAGGAGCGUGAGGAGAAAUUUAACCUACUCGUGUCGAGGUGCUCGAAACUGUCCGAUCGACCAACACCAUAGAAACCAGUGCCAGUACUGUCGACUGAAGAAGUGCCUGAAGAUGGGCAUGCGGCGGGAAGGUAUGCAUUCUGUCCAACGGGGUCGAGUUCCUCCGUCUCAGCCGGCAAUACCUGGUCUGCCGGGUCAAUUUGCAUUGACAAACGGCGACACGGUGGCAUGUGCAAGUUUGAAUGGUCAUUCGUACCUAUCGUCGUAUAUAAGUUUACUUUUGAGGGCAGAACCGUAUCCGACGUCCAGAUACGGUCAGUGUAUGCAACCAAACAACAUAAUGGGUAUAGAUAACAUCUGCGAAUUGGCAGCGAGACUUUUAUUCUCGGCUGUCGAAUGGGCGAGAAAUAUACCAUUUUUUCCGGACCUCCAGGUCACGGAUCAGGUGGCCCUGUUAAGGCUAGUUUGGAGCGAAUUGUUCGUAUUAAACGCGAGCCAGUGUUCGAUGCCCCUUCACGUUGCACCGUUAUUGGCGGCCGCGGGUCUACACGCAUCACCUAUGGCAGCCGAUAGGGUUGUCGCCUUCAUGGAUCAUAUAAGGAUAUUUCAAGAACAAGUAGAAAAAUUAAAAGCACUCCACGUAGACUCCGCCGAAUACAGUUGCCUAAAAGCCAUCGUACUCUUCACCACAGACGCCUGCGGUCUUUCGGACGUAGGUCACAUCGAGUCCCUCCAAGAGAAAUCCCAGUGCGCCCUCGAAGAAUAUUGUAGGACGCAAUAUCCAAACCAGCCAACGAGAUUCGGAAAGCUCCUUCUUCGUUUGCCAUCGCUGAGGACAGUUUCUUCCCAAGUUAUAGAACAAUUAUUCUUCGUACGAUUGGUUGGCAAAACACCGAUCGAAACAUUAAUUCGCGACAUGCUUUUAUCCGGUAGCAGCUUUAGCUGGCCUUACAUGCCCUCGAUGUGACACUCCGUCUGGCGGCAGCUAGCUUCCGCGUAAUACCUCGCAAGGUGACUCAGAAAACGAAUUCUUCGUUCGUUCGGUUUUUCUCUUUCUUUCUUUCUUUCUUUCUUUCUUUCUUCCUUUGCUCUAUUGUCAUUUGAUUUAUUUUCCUAUUUUUUUUUUGUUUGUUCUUUCAAAAUUUUUCAGUCUAUACCGACGAUAUAUCUGUUAUAAUCGUUCGACGGCAUAUCAUGAACUUGUGAAACAAUUUCUUUUUAUUCUCAUAUUGUUCUGUUUUUUCUUUUCUUUCCCCUUAUUUCGCGUCAUAUUAUUAUCAGUAUUAUUAAUAUCGUUAUUAUCGUUAUCGUCACUCUUGUCGUUGGCUUUGUUAUUAAUAUUAUUGUUACGUAACUGGUAUUAUUGUUAUUGGUCACAUCGCUGUAAUAAUCGAAUCGCACCUCAAUGAUAUAUUCAAAAAUAUAUACCUCGCGAAUAUUUUCAAAAAUUUUAAAUCAGUUAUCGAUCAUGAGCUACGACGUAAGGUAAGCCGAAAUACAAAACCAAAAAAGAAUAGAAAAUCUCACGACAUUUAAGAUAAGUCGCUUAUGCAUAAAAAAUAAAAGAAAAAUUACAAGUCUUCCAGAAAAAAAAGACUUUCAUUAGAACGUAUUAAUAAUUCAUACAUUGGAUGUGAAAUAACGAUACAUACCUAGUAACGACGAUGGCAACGAUAAUAAUGAUAUUAAUAAUAGCAACAAUAAUAGUAACGAUAACUCUAACGAAAAUAGUAAUUCUACCGAUAAUAUUAAUGAUGUUAAUAAUAAUAGUUAUGUUACGUUACGUUAUACACAAUACAUAUUAUAUACAAUACAUAAUAUACGAUAAUAAAAGAAAUUGUUGAAAUUUAUCGAUCACGAUGAUUGAAUAAAUAGUUAAAGCUGAUGUGAAGCUAAUGAAACGAAGAAAAACAAAAAGAAAAAAAGGAGGGAGAAAAAUAAAAUUAUGUAAAUACAGUUAUAUGAAAGAAAAAACAGAAAAAAAAAAUCAACAAAAAAAUUGCAUAUUAAUGAUUAUUAUUACAUGUCAUUCGAACAUUUCUCAAGAGCUACAUAAUUAUAAUAAUACUGAGAAUAUUGAUGAUGAUAAUAAUAAUAUUAAUAAUGAUACUAUAUAUAUACAUAUAUAUAUAGUGUAUGAUGUACAUUAAAUAAUGUAAUAAUAUAAAUUGUAAUAAUAUUUUAUAAAUUAAUGGUAACAAUAAAUGAUAGUAAUAAGGAUAAUAUGGUAGGAGUAAUGAAAACAAAUAUACAUAAAUUAUAUAUAUAUACAUAUAGAUUACGCAAUCAGACAUGUAAAAAUAAAGAACAACAAUAAUUAUCAUUAUGCUAUAUGGAAAGGAAAAAAAACUCUUAAUGCGACACGUUUACUUACGUAUACAUAUAUAUUAAUUAUCUACUAACGUACACUUUCGCUGCUUUUAUAAUUUUCAAAAUCAAUGAAAAUCAACUUUCGAUCACAAGAGAAAACGAAACGAGAAGGAAGAAAAUUCUUGAAACAAAAUAAGAAAAAAAAGGAAACAAUGCAAGAAUAUGAUCGAGUGAUCAUCGCCUAUCAGGAUUAUUAUUUUUUUUUUUUGAACAACGAUAAUCGUAAUGAUGAUAAUAACAAUAACAAUAUUAAUAACAAUAACAAUAGAAAUAAUUCUACCGCGGAUAUUACACGAGACUGUAUCAGUCUAAAAUAAUAAUAAAUUUAGUAUACAUACCUAUACAUAUAUUAUAAAUAGUAAUACAAAAUGAAGAUAUAAUUACAUUAUUAUUAUUGUUAACAAAUACAUAAUGCGAUAAUAUGAUCGGGAAUUCAUCUCUCGACGAUAAACUGUAAACCUAAAUUAUAUUUAAAACGAAAUAUAUACCAUGACUUAAUUAUUAUUAUACCCUGCAACAUAUUUGUUGAUGAUUAUACGAUAAUCGAUCAUUGAUUUAAAAAAUGAAAUCAAAAAUCUAAUUCGUAAUAUAUGUUAUACGCAAAUAUGAUUAUACGCCAGUGCCAUUGUAACUCCGAAUGUUUCACACAGGGUCGUUCGAGCAAUUUUUUUUUUUUUUUGUUUUUUUAUAUUUCCCUUCAAUUUAUUACUCAGUGCAAGAAAAAGCACACAUAUUCGUACAGAUCUAAAAAACAAAAAUCAAAAUAAAUUAACAUCCAUCUCUUUUUUCUUGCUAUAUCCUGUAUAUUUGCACUUGUCAUUUGGCAGCACGCAUUGAAUACACAUAUUUUCUGAUUGGUAGAAACGCGUAUAAAGAAUACACACACAUGUAUAGUAAUAAUCACGCGAAUUAUUUCAACGAUGGGAGGCGAAAAUAGAUAAAAUAAAAUACGAUAUGUGAUAUAUGUGAGAAGACGAACGGACGAACAAAAGAGAAAAAGAUGAAAAGAGAAACUAAAAAAAGAACAAAAUGACAAAAAACCAAAAAAAAAAAAAAAAACAAGAAUUCGAACCCGGUUUAUUGAGACGGUGCUUUUUAUACUUUAUAAAUAUUGUAAAUUAAAUUUUUGUCAAAUAAGUGAAAUUAAAUGUUAAAAAUUAAACGAAACAAACGAAAUGAUGAAUAAAAUAUUACAUAUACCUAUGUAGAUAUUAUAAAUAUAUACUAACUAUUUACCUAAAAAAUAUAUAUAUACAUAUAUUAUGUAUAAAAAUGAAUGUCAGAUUAUGAAUACAUAGGUUAUAUUGCAUUUCUAUUAUUAUUAUCGUUAUCAAUAUUAUUAUUAAUAUCAUUUGUGCAACGUCGACUCGAUGCGAUGGAUAAUUUUUUUUACGGAUGAAAAGUAAAAAGCAGGAAAUGAUAAUCAUAAUAACAAUGAUAAUAAUGACGGUAGUAAUAAUAGUAAUAUUUCGAAAUAGAACAAUAAAUAGAAACGCAUUAUAUACUUAUAUAGAAAUUAUUAUCAUUAUUAUUAUACAUACAUACUACGAUAUUAAGGUAAUGUUUAGAUGAUAAAUGUGGCAAUGUGAAGCUAGUUACUUAUAGAAAAGAUUUUCUAGUAGGGGUGUAUGGGAAUACUUGUAAUAUUUGUUAAGGCGUCGUUUCUUAAUAAAAUGAAAAAAUAGAACAAAAUUGAGAUAACAAACAAGCUAGAAAUUAAAAAAUCGCAAAAUAAAUUCUCAAACUAUGCAGAAAAAUUAUAAUAACCGAGAAACAAACCCUCGUUGUCAUAAUACUUUAUACAUCGGCCAUCCGAGGAGAAGACGAAAGAUUAUAUCCGCAAGUAAACGUAUAAUUUAGUGUAUAAUUAAGAGGAAACAGAAACAGAUGGAUGAAAAAAAUCAAAUGCUUUACUCCACGAAUAAGAACAACAACAACAACAACAACAACAACAACAACAACAACAACAACAACAAUAAUAAUAAUAAUAAUACUUAACAACAAUAAUAACAAUUAAUAUUUGAUAAGUAGUAAGUAAGAAGUAAUGGGCGUUAUAAGACGUCAUUCUCUGUAUGUAAAGCAUAAAUUAGUAAUCAUGAUCAUUGAAGGAUUAUAACUACUACAGUUAUAUAAUAUACAUUAGAAUACAAUUAUUUAUACAUAUAUAGUAUAAUGUAAAAAGAAAAACGUGAAAAUUUUUGUAUAAAAUAUGUACAUAAUUAAUAUAUUAACAAAAAAUUAUGAAUAUAUAUAUAUGUAAAAAAUAUAUAUAUAUACACACAUAUGUGUAUUGAAAAAAGAUCAACAUUCUAUCCAAUAGGCAUUCGCUAUGCGUGUGAUUAUUAUUGUUGCUGAUUUUAUUAUUAUUAUUAUUAUUAAUUUAUUCUUAUUAUUGUUAUUACCAUCAGCAUUCUAUUGUUACUCUGAAUGAUUAUUCUUACUGCCUUCUUUUUCAUACGCAAGUUCCGAAUUUUAGCAUCUUUUUAUUGUAUGUGUACCUAGAGUUAGCAUGAUGUUGUAUGAGCUGUUCUUUUUUCUCUUUUUUUGUCGCCCUUUUUGUUCAAGAUCAUAUCAAAUAUAGUUUUAUAUAUAUGUAAAAAGUAAACUACAUAGUUAGGGAUGAUUGAGAAAGAAAUAGAUCCUUCGACUAUAAUAUAUUUUGUCUAGUGAAAUUCAAAAUAGGACUAACAAUAAGUACAAAGAAUUAGAAUAAAAAUAAGGAGAUGAAGAUGAAGAUGAAGAUGAAAAAGAAGAUACUCGUAUACCUAAUGGGGAAAGAAAAGGGAAUGAAAAGCUUGAAAACCUGCAACAGAAGUAUAAGGUCAAGAAGUCGCGAUCGCAGACGAAGUUGGUAUGUCGAAAGAAAGACGGAGAAGAGAGAGAGGCUCGGAAAUCACUUCACGCAAUGGGUAAGGGAGGAAAAAAACGCCAAUUCCAAUGUCUCUUUCGUAUAUCGAGAGAAAAAAGAAAAAAAGAAAGGAAAUACCUAACUAUUUAUUCGGUUGCAUCUGCAGGGUACGUAUACAAAAAUAUAAACCUAUAUUCUUUUUACGUAGGCACGUACGUACGCUCGUAUGGAAGGUAUGUGGUAAAAGUAAAAGAUCGGAGAAAUGAGAAGCCAGAAAAAAAAUAUCAAAACACCCGUAAGCAUCGAGGAGGCAAAAAUUUCUUCAACCCUAAAGACGAACAGAAAACAUGAAAAAAAACGUAUGUACACAUAUACGAAUGCAAUUCUCACAGGUAUUUCUUUGCGUUUUGAAUCCAAUUCUCUUUUUUUAUCAAACACAUAAUUAGCACGUCAUGAUAUUUCAGAUAUCUGUGAAAAAAAAGUAAUUAGGUAUUCAUGUUUUUUAUGUACAGGAUAAAUAUGUGUAUUAUUUCAAGCAACGAGGAUUUGACAUCGUACGGGAUGAUUUUCUUUCGUUUUAGCUGCAAAUUUUAAUAAGAGCUCGUGAAAAUAUUUUUCAAUCCUUUUGUUUUUCUUAAUUGGUAAUUCUGCAGUACAUAAUAUAUCGCACCUUU